CGCCGUCUCGGCCGCCCCCCCUCUCGCCGCCGCCGCCGCCCCGGGCAUGUCGUCCAACUGCACCAGCACCACGGCGGUGGCGGUGGCGCCGCUCAGCGCCAGCAAGACCAAGACCAAGAAGAAGCAUUUCGUGUGCCAGAAAGUGAAGCUAUUCCGGGCCAGCGAGCCGAUCCUCAGCGUCCUGAUGUGGGGGGUGAACCACACGAUUAAUGAGCUGAGCAAUGUCCCUGUCCCUGUCAUGCUAAUGCCAGAUGACUUCAAAGCCUACAGCAAGAUCAAGGUGGAUAAUCAUCUCUUCAAUAAGGAGAACCUCCCCAGCCGCUUUAAGUUUAAGGAGUACUGCCCCAUGGUAUUCCGAAAUCUCCGAGAAAGGUUUGGGAUUGAUGAUCAGGAUUACCAGAACUCAGUGACACGCAGCGCCCCAAUCAACAGUGACAGCCAGGGCCGGUGCGGCACACGCUUCCUCACCACUUACGAUCGGCGCUUUGUCAUCAAAACUGUGUCAAGCGAGGAUGUGGCUGAGAUGCACAACAUCUUAAAGAAAUACCACCAGUUCAUAGUGGAGUGUCAUGGCAACACCCUUUUGCCACAGUUCCUGGGCAUGUACCGCCUGACUGUGGAUGGCGUGGAGACCUACAUGGUGGUCACCAGGAAUGUGUUCAGCCAUCGGCUCACUGUGCACCGCAAGUAUGACCUCAAGGGGUCUACAGUUGCCAGAGAAGCAAGUGACAAGGAGAAGGCCAAGGACUUGCCAACAUUCAAAGAUAAUGACUUCCUCAACGAAGGGCAGAAGCUGCAUGUGGGCGAGGAGAGUAAAAAGAACUUCCUGGAAAAACUGAAACGGGAUGUAGAGUUCCUGGCCCAGCUGAAGAUCAUGGAUUACAGCCUGCUGGUCGGCAUCCAUGAUGUGGACCGAGCCGAGCAGGAGGAGAUGGAGGUGGAGGAGCGGGCAGAGGAGGAGGAGUGUGAAAACGAUGGCAUGGGGGGCAACCUGCUCUGCCCCUACGGCACCCCUCCAGAUAGUCCCGGCAACCUCCUCAGCUGCCCCCGCUUCUUUGGUCCUGGGGAAUUCGAUCCCUCUGUUGAUGUCUAUGCCAUGAAAAGCCAUGAAAGUGCCCCUAAGAAGGAGGUCUAUUUCAUGGCCAUCAUUGACAUCCUCACGCCAUACGAUGCUAAGAAGAAAGCUGCACAUGCCGCCAAGACGGUGAAACAUGGGGCAGGGGCCGAGAUCUCGACUGUGAACCCAGAGCAGUACUCCAAACGCUUCAACGAGUUCAUGUCCAACAUCCUGACGUAGUUACCUUCUGCCUUCAGCCAGAGCCAGAGAGCUGGAUGUGGGGUCAGGAAUGGAAAGAGGGAGAGGGUGUAUUUGGGCUAGAUG